AUGGCGGAGGUGAAGCCGGAGGAGAUAAGCCAUCCGCCCAUGGAGCAGCUCCAGGGGUUCGAGUACUGCAUAGACUCCAACCCUCCCUGGGGCGAGGCGAUCAUACUGGGCUUCCAACACUACAUACUGGCGCUGGGCACGGCGGUGAUGAUCCCGGCGGUGUUGGUUCCCAUGAUGGGCGGCGACGAUGGAGACAGGGUCAGGGUGGUGCAGACGCUGCUGUUCGUGACGGGGAUAAACACGCUGCUGCAGUCCCUCUUCGGGACCCGGCUGCCGACGGUCAUCGGCGGCUCCUACGCCUUCGUGAUCCCGAUAAUGGCCAUCAUCCAGGACCCGUCGCUUUCGGGGAUACCCGAUGGUCACCAGAGGUUCCUCGAGACCAUGAAGGCGAUACAGGGGGCACUGAUAGUGUCCUCCAGCAUUCAGAUCAUCCUGGGCUACAGCCAGCUGUGGGGUAUUUUCUCCAGAUUCUUCAGUCCAGUGGGGAUGACCCCAGUGGUUGCGCUGCUCGGAUUUGGCCUUUUCGAAAGAGGUUUCCCUGUGGUUGGGAGAUGCGUUGAGAUUGGCUUGCCAAUGCUGAUUCUCUUUGUUGUACUCUCUCAGUAUCUGAAGAAUAUACAAAUAAAAGAAAUUCCCAUACUGGAAAGGUUCUCCCUUUUCAUCUGUAUCGCAUUGGUAUGGGCAUAUGCUCAAAUCCUCACCUCAGGUGGAGCCUAUAAAAAUAGCUCUGAGGUCACUCAGAACAACUGCCGCACUGACAGAGCCAAUCUGAUCUCUUCUGCCCCAUGGAUUAAAAUUCCUUACCCACUGCAAUGGGGCGCACCAACCUUCAAUGCUGGCCAGUCAUUUGGUAUGGUGUCUGCUGUUUUGGUCUCGCUAGUAGAGUCCACAGCCUCCUACAAAGCCGCUGCUCGGCUUGCAAGUGCGACUCCACCUCCGGCUCAUAUCCUGAGUAGAGGCAUUGGGUGUCAGGGAAUCGGCAUCCUCCUUGACGGGCUCUUUGGAACGGGGACUGGCUCCACUGUCUCAGUGGAGAACGUUGGGCUGCUUGGGUCGACAAGGAUUGGGAGCCGGCGGGUUAUACAGAUCUCAGCUGGCUUCAUGAUAUUUUUCUCCAUGCUGGGGAAAUUUGGAGCUUUGUUCGCUUCCAUCCCGUUCACCAUCUUUGCAGCCGUGUACUGCGUCUUGUUUGGACUAGUUGCUGCAGUGGGGCUGUCCUUCUUACAGUUCACUAACAUGAACUCCAUGCGCAACCUCUUUAUCGUCGGUGUCUCCAUCUUCCUGGGCCUUUCCGUGCCGGAAUACUUUUUCCGGUACACCAUGGCUGCUCACCGUGGUCCUGCGCACACGAAAGCUGGAUGGUUCAACGACUACAUCAACACCAUCUUCUCGUCGCCGCCGACGGUGGGGCUGAUCGUGGCCGUGUUCCUGGACAACACGCUGGAGAUGAAGGACGCGGGCAAGGACCGAGGGAUGCCGUGGUGGCUGCGGUUCCGGGCGUUCAAGGGCGACAGCAGGAACGAGGAGUUCUACAGCCUGCCAUUCAACCUCAACCGCUUCUUCCCUCCGGCCUAA